CACUCCUCCACCCAGCAACCCUCCCACACCCAGCCAACUGCCUCCUCACUCGCUGCUUCCCACUCACCUUCUCCUCUCCUCCGCAUCAUCUCUAUGGAUUAGAGAGGCCUUCAACUUGGGGAAAACAACUUCAUCAGCGGAGACAUACAUAAAUACAACAUCGCUAGAACUACCUUCUAACGUACUCGUGUACGCGCGCGUCCGUGCACGGUGCACAGAGUAAAACACACACGCGCGCGCACACUCACACCUGCACCGACCAUUCGUCCAUUCAUUGACGACGAUGGCAUUCGCCGUCGAGUUUCACGCUCACGCGUUUCUCAUCAGCGCCGCCCUCUUGCUCAGCCUCGCCGCCGUGGAGGUGCAGCUGGAAGCGCCGGGCUGGAGGCAAGGCUACGGCGCUCGCUACGCCGGGCAGCAGGUUAUCCGCGUUAUUCCGGCCAACUCGAGGCAAGCAGAGAUGUUGCGCACACUUGCACGCGAUGCCAAGCUGGACCUGUGGCACCCAAGCAGCGGCGACCUCAUCCACCCGGGCGCCCCCACCGACUUCCGCGUCCCCCGCUCCGUCGUGGCCGGAUCGGGCCGCGGAGGACGUGGAGCCUCGCUGAGCUCCGAGGAAGUCAAGGCCUUCCUGUCGCGUGCCAACGUCUCGCACACGGUUCUGAUGGACGAUGUCCAGAAGGUGAUCGAUGCCCAGCUCAAGACCUCUACCAGAGACAAGAGGAAUGCCCGGGGUUACAACUACAAUGUGUACCACCCCCUGGAGGAGAUUGUGGCGUGGAUGUCAGACGUCGCGGAACAGAAUCCUGCACUGGUCUCGCGCAUUCUCAUCGGAAAGUCUUACGAGGGGAGGCCUCUGUACAUUCUUCAGGUGGGGAAAAAGAAAGGUGGGACGAAGCCCUCGGUGUGGAUCGACUGCGGGAUGCAUGCGCGCGAGUGGAUCAGCCCGGCCUUUUGCCAGUGGUUCGUGAAGGAGGCCAUACGCACCCAGCGCAGUGACCCGGCCAUGCGCCGUCUACUCAACCGCCUCGACUUCUACGUGAUGCCCGUGCUCAAUGUGGACGGCUACGCCUACAGCUGGAACAAGGAUCGCCUGUGGCGGAAGACGCGAUCCAAAACGUCACGCAAAGGCUGCCUGGGAGCGGACGCCAACCGCAACUGGAACGUCGGCUGGAGCGGAGCGGGCGCCUCCGUGCACCCGUGCGAUGAGACGUACUGCGGGGGCCGCCCCGAGUCGGAGCCCGAGGUGAAGGCGGCAGCGCGCUUCCUGAAGCGCCAGCGGCGGCUCCUCCGCGCCUACGUGACGGUGCACGCCUAUGCCCAGCUGCUCCUCUACCCAUACGCGCACCGCCGCAGCGCCAUCCCCAACCGUCACUGCGUGGAGCUGGUGGCCAAUGAAGCGGUGUUGGCGCUGCACGCCGUGAACGGCAGCAAAUACGACUACGGGCCCGCCUCCUCCACCAUGUACGUGACGUCAGGCAGCUCGCUGGACUGGGCCUACUCGCAGGGGGCACGCUACUCGUUUGCGCUGGAGCUGCGCGACACGGGCCGCUACGGCUUCCUGCUGCCCGAGCGCCAGAUCGGCCCCACGUGCGCCGAGGCCACGAGGGCCGUGUCCAUGAUCGCCGCGGCCGCCCUGCGCAACUGCCGAUAGUGAGCGUGGCGUAGCCCAGGGGAUGUGACUGGUGGACUUUGCUUCGACUGGACUGAACCAAACCAGACUAGACUGGACCGAACUGAACUAAACCAGGCUCUACCGCAUGACACCGGACUGGACUAGACCAGACCGGAUUGGAGCAUACUAGACUGUACUGGACUGAACCGAACUAGGCUAGACUGGACCGGACUGAACUAAACCACGCUCUAGUGCACUACACCAGACUAGACUAGACCAAAACAGAUUAGAGCAUACUGGACUGGACUUUGUAGGCCUGAAAUGAACUGGACAUGACUGGACUGGACUUAAUAGGGUGGGAAUGGACUGUACUGGCAGCCUUGGCAGAAUGGCCAGGCUCGCCAAUUCAGGAAGAGCUCAGAGUGAUGUCGCGUCCAUGCUCCUCUUACAGAUUCUCCCAGCGCGAUCCGUGCGUCCUUCAAGUUGGGGGAGACCCGAGUUCGGAAGCCGUGCUGUUACACUAGAAUGGACUAGACUGGACUGAACUGAACUGGACUAGACUGGACUGGACUAGACUGGACUGAACUGGACCAAGCAGGACUGGAACACAUUGAACUGGACUGGACUUGAGCAGUCCGAGUGGACAUAUCAUUUGAGCAGCAGGCGGUAAUGACAAGGGCUUAAUUUGAGUCGGGUCGGUUGGCAUCACCAACCCAGCAAACAUUUACGCAAAAUGCUCACCACACCCAGUGUACCGUUGGCUGCGGCUCCUAGUCAUGCGCCGCCUGCUCCAGUUACCGGUGAUGCCGAACAUAUUUAGUGAGAAAUUAAGCCCUGUUAAUGGCCAAUUGACAUUUCUAUUUGGAUGUGAGGUUCACAGUGGCCGUGUCUAAACACUGAACCUACGUCACUGUGGUGUGAGACUUGAAUUCGUGUUUCAGCCGCCCAUGGUAAGGCCGCGGUUUUUUUUCCAGUGCCAUGAGGGCUGAUGGUCUCAGCCUGGUCGCCAGUGAUUUCACACAAAAAUCCACCGAAGAAAUUAGCUUUUUAUUUAAUUUGACGAGGCUAAGCUUUUGGCGCUGAAUACAAAAAACGUCACGGGCCACUUGAGUUGCGGCAUAAACCAGAGGGUGUAGCAGUGCCACCCAGAGUUGGAGCAAGAGGCAGUAGUUCUGUGAUGUCCACAUCUCGAGGGCCGAUCCCUGGAUUGCCGUGAGGCCCUAUUGCCUGUGGGAGACCCACACAGACACUCAUUCGACGCACGGCAUCGCUCACUGUCAUAGCUCGCCCAGAAGGUCAUCGGUGAUACAAAUGUCUAAAUAUUCCCUCUUUGAUUUGGAACGAUUUCAAAAGAAUAACAUGAUAGUGACAAUGCCAUUUGUGGGGCUUGUGUAUAAACAUGUUUUCACCUGUUGGCAAAUAAAAACAAGUCUCUUGUCCAGUAUAAGGAGUUAA